AUGUUAUCAACGGAAUUACCACAAGGUUUAAUUUUCAAGACAUUUCAAGGUAUUAAAGAAGAAUCAAAACAUCUGAUAGUAAACAAAAAUUAUCGUCUGAUUGGACCAAUUGUACAAGUCAAUAGGCACAGUGCUUUUAUCAUGAAUUGGUUAGAUCAACAAUUUCCAAAAUCAGUCAUUGAUAGUCCAUUCGGUUCUUUAGUACGUCUAGCAGAGGACCAAACUGAUCAAAUUUAUUUAGCAUUAAAAUCUUGUCGUUUUAUAUUGUCAUUAAAACAUCUUCCUCGUAAUAUUUGUCGGAAUACAGCAAACGGUCUGAUACUGGAAUGA